GCAGCGCCAGAAGAGCAGCAUGAUGGGAUAUGAGAGUCCUCCGGCGGCGCGGUGCCGCCAUGUCACCUAGAGAGAAACGUAUAGCGCUUCUCUCUGCUUUAUGCGUAGUUAGUUUUGCUCUUUAUUAUAUUCCUACUUUUCUUUACGUGACUUUAAUUCUUGCAGUUUGUUGUAUUGUGAGUUACUAUCACAGCGGAGAACCGCUUCCCGCCUGGUUAGGCCUGAAUCCGCGGGCUGGCCUGAGCGUCGCAGCCGUGCUCCGGCGCUGGUUGUGGGGCUGGGGGGUGACCGGCGUGUCGGUGGCCGCAAGGGGGAGAACGAAGAGUAGCAGAAACAAAACUGAGCUCAGGGAGCCAGAGGGACACUUCAAAGAAAGGCUCGCUGAAACGGGGAUAUAUCGGAGGGAAACACUGUCAAGUGACUCUUUUCUUUUCAGCCCUCGGGAUUUCCUCAUGGGGAGUUACAUCGGGAAACCUGAGAGUCCGACCGCUGAUCCUGGGAGGCCGAGAGCGGCGAGAAACCCCCGAGAGCAACUGCGGGAAAAGCUGUCCAAACCCAACCAUGCAGUUUAUACCCCAAACAGGAGGCUGUCAUUUGCUGGGGAGCCGCUGGGCACAGUGGGCAGGUUCACCAUCACGCCCCAGCGUCACUAUCCCCUGCAGCAGCCGGGUGUUUCCUCAGUUGGAGUCCUACCUCCGGUCAAGUGGGAUGGCUUCCGGAAGAAAAACGUCCUCAGCCCCCGCAACUCCCCGGCUGUCCUGAGCCCCGUCACUGUGAAGAUCGCCAGGCCCGACCACCACAGCACCCCCAGUUUGGACCAUCUGAGUUGUGCAGGGCUCCCCAGGGCCUCCGCAGACCCCUGCUCCAGAGAAAGUGUCCUCAAGGUGUUGAAGGAAAGCCGCAAGAGAGAAGUGGAGGAUGAGGACAGAACCUUCGCAACUGAGCAGAAAAGCAAAAGAAGGCGUAACGACAGCGGAGGAAGUGCACACUCUGCUUUUGGGCCUCUUCUGCCCAAUGGAACACCAUCACAGCUGGUCCCUAAGCCAGGAAACCUGAAAAGAGGGAUGACCUCUAUGGCAGAGGAGUCCAUCAUGAAGAGGUCUCGCACCUCCUCCAUCAGCUCGGCCAGUGGAGUCCAUGCCCCGAGAGGAACCCCGGGCACGAGGAGAAACCCUAUCCAAAGCUCCUACAGCUCUUCAGUAGGCCUCAGCCAGUGGAAGAAACGGUCAGCACCCAGCUCCCCUCUGUCCAGCCCCGGAUCAUCUCGCUGUCAGACUCCAGAGGGAGCCUCCAAAAGAACCAGAGAGGACGAUGGCCAGUCUCCUAGCUCAGCAUCCUCAGUGAGGUCAGAACAGACAUCCUCCGACAAGGCACCCGUUACAUAUGUUGCAGCCAAACUUACUCCAGUCCCCAAGGUCCCAGUCACUACUUCAACAGACUCUCCUGGUAGUGGUGGGUUAAGAAAACGGAAGAUCCAGCUGGUGUCCAGUCACCGGGAUGAUCACAUCUCUCUGCCCCCGCCACCAGAGUUGGGCUACACUAUCACUGCGAAAGACCUAGAUGAAGAGAAAAGGGCUGGCAUCAGCAAGAUCCAGAAAGUCCUGGAGACGCCUGCUCUGGAGCCAGAGAAGCCUUUCUCUUCCCCAGCCACCACUUCCACCCAGGCCACCUUCUCUACGGGCUCUACCACCACCGCCACGCUGAGCAGCCUUCUGGCAUCUCCUCUGCCCACAGUCUCCAGCUCUGCGAUCCCUGUCAUCAACCUGGAUCCCAGCCCGAGCAGCAGUGUCAGCACAGCACCCAUAGCUUCCAACCCACUGCUGGAGGCUCUGAAAAUGAAGAUCAGCAUUCCUGGUAGCUCCACAUCUGCUGCCAACACAACUACAGUGUCUGCAACAACUACACCGGCACAACCCAGUAGCUUAAACCUGAAGGUUUCGACUACAGUGGAUGCCCCAAAGCUCCCUCCUGCCUACCCAUCUCAGUUCUCCUCUGCUGGUUUGGAGCAGCCCUCUGCCUUUACUCAGGUGCUGGGUCAGGUCUCCAAGGCUUCCAGCAGCACUCCACCUGUAGCAGCAGCAAACCUGUUUGGACUAGCAAGCCAGAUCAGCACGCCCACUGCCUCUUCAUCCUCUAACUUGAUCACGGCUACUGCUUCUACCCCAGCCAGCAGCUCAGAGUCCAUCAGUAACACCAACCCCUUGCUGGCUUCAGGGUUCAAGCCCAUCUUUGCUGUCACCACCACCUCCUCCACUACAUCAACCCCAGAGAGCAAACCUGUCCAAAAUUUCAAGCCCAUCUUUGGAGCUACCACUGCAAGCACUGGUUUUAAACAGCCUCCAUCCCUCACAACCACCAACCCAGCCUCUACGGUUUCUUCAAGUACUACACCCUCGAUGUUCGGUGGACCAAUUAGCAGCACCACAGUUGCCCCAUCUGUUUUUCCUGGUAUGACCAACGCCACCACAGGCACACCCUCCACCGGCUCCAUCACCACCACACAGCCUACCGCCCAGCCAGCUGUGAAAUCCCUCUUUGGAAACUGGUCAGCACCAUCCACAACAAGUACCAGUUCAACUUCAGUGCAGGCCCCUAAUACAGGGAGCACAUUUCAAUUUGGAACUGCUAGCACCACUACUGCAGCUGCUCCUGCUGUUGCCUCCACAACCUCCACCAACAGCACCUUCGCAUUUGGUGCAACACAGCCAGAUCCCCAAGCAGCCAACCAGAAAGUAUUCUCCUUUGGCCAGACAGCAACCAGCCAGAACACAACCACUGCUUCGUUUGGAGGAUUUGCCAUGGCCAACACAGCCUCCACCACUGCUGCCACCACCACCCAGUCCACUUUCGGCUUUGGAAAGUCGUCAUUUCAAGCGCCAGCUGUGCAGUCAACCUUCGGCUCCUCAGCAGCAACGCCAAAACCAUUCACCUUUGGAAACAGCGGAGUAUCAUCUACACCUGCCUCUAACCCCGCCCCACCCCCUUUCCCCUUUGGGACAGUUGCUGUCACCACAGCAACCAGCUUUGCGACUCCAGCUAAACCAGCGUUUGGAGCCACCUCCGCUGGUUUUGCUUUCGGUGGCACCACCGCUCCCUCAGCUGCACCCUCGGCUGCACCCAGCUUUGGUGCAUCAACCCAGACUCAGAGCUCCUCCUCAGCCACCUUCACAUUUGGCAGUGCUGCUCCUCAGCAGGCUCCUUCUGGCCCUGCUCAACCAGCACAGAGUGGAUUUAACUUCGGUGCUAGUAUGCCAUGCCCCCAGUUUGGAACACCAGUCUCUAAUAAUCCUGCACCACAGAUGGGAAGCUUCAACUUUGGGGCUGCUGCUACUGACAAACCAACUUUUGGGACGUCUACCCCAUCCUUCGGCCAGAGUGCUGCUGCAGGUCCACUUCCCUUUGGAAGUCCUGGAACUCCAGUCCAAGGCUUCAAUGCUGUUCCUUUUGGGUCUCCAACGACUCCCUCCUUCUCUAUCGGAGCUGGAUCAAAGCCAUCUGGAGCACGUCAGAGGCUGCAGGCGCGGAGGCAACACAACAGAAAGAAGUAACCUGCUGCAUGCGUCCUGCACUGCUUUCAGAGGACUUCAGCUGGCUCUGUUUUAAGCCCAACAUCCCCCAACCAGGCCACCACCAUGCCCUCUGCUUCCUUCCCCUCCUCUAUUGGGUUGUGCUGGCCUGAAACAUUGUGUUUGCAGAGGAGUUAGAAAGAGCACAUCAGCUUGCUGAGUUCAUGCUGCCUGGAUGACUACAUGACCCAGUGAGGAGACAGAAUCCAUAACAACGUACUAUACUUGAAGAGGGAGAAAAGACAGCUGAGUAGUUUGAUUCUGAACAAAAGCAUAUCCAAAGUUAUUUUUCCUUUACAGUACGUGGACACUCCCAUUGGUUCGUCUUAAGGAGAAAGUUGAGUCAGGCAAAGACAUGGAGCCUUGGCUCAAACAUUUAUUUUUUUACGUGACGCGCUGGUUUGUAUGUUACCGAAUGUUUGAGUACAUUAUCUAAAUGAGUCUGAAUAGGGUUAAAUGCACAGUUGAUCCAGAUAAGGUACACAACACUGCAGUGUAAAUGUAAAGUUAUGAGACGUUUGCAUUUUAAAUUAUUUUUUUAAUUGGCUCUCUGACCCUGUAAAUGAUUGUGUUUCUGCACUUGAAGGUCAACUUAGUAAAUGUCUUAAUGUAGUUAGUGCAGACCCUUGUUUUCUUGUUUCAUACUCUGUCAUUGCAAGCAUUCCCAGAGUCCUCCAAUGGACGGCCUUUUUUUGAUAGUAUUUGCCAACACUUCAUGCCUGUGAAAAGAAUCUGUGAUCUUUCUCAUCUUUAAAUUCUGAGAUGUGUUUGUUUGUGCCAGACUACCUCUCUUUACUCCAGGCACUGAAUCCAUGUUAAUUCACUGAAAAUAUCAAUUAGAUUUUACCUUCAACUACUGUUAGUCCAGAUGGACCUUAAUAAAUACAUUGAGUUUUUAAACAUCUGCACAGCAACACAUUCUGAAAUAUCAGUUAUAUUAGAUUACAUGGCAUGAACGUAACAUCAGAUUGACUAAAAAUACAAUCGUAUCAAAUUGGAAACUCUUAUCUGCAUGGUAAUUACAGAAAUUCUCACUACGUUGCAGGGAUUUUUGUAGUCUGUAAUGUUGCUUACUUGGACCAUGAGUUGAGGAAUUUUUUCAAGCAAAGAUGACGGUAAAUCCAUUUGUCAGCAGUCAGUUAUUUUAUUAAAAUUGUUUCUGUUCUCAGUAACAAUCAUCUCUUUUUGUGAAAAGUGAGCUUUAUAUAUGGCAUUUUGUGGUGGUUAAUUUUUAAUUAAUAAAAACUUAAUUUUGGACGUAGUAGAUGUUCCAACAAGAACACA